AUGAAACACCUCACCUGUGCAAUCAAUGACAGCCCAUAUGUGAAAUCGUGCGAAGAGCUGAUGAGCGCCUGUGAGGAGCUGAGCUCUGACAGCAUGGAUGUUGCUCAGAUGACCCUGAAUGCAUCCCUGACUGAGGAGUCUGCUCACAGCCCUGCCAGCCCGUCCAACCACACUGUCCCAAAUGAGGACAACCCGGCUGGGUCGAGCGACAAACCCUAUUGCUUCCUCCAGAGAACCAUCAUCACCUGGGAAAAUAGUCCCUAUAAAAGAAAAAGGGAUGAUGAUGAUGAUGAUGCAGAUGCACCUGCUGAAGAUGAGAAUAGAAACAGCCCAGACAUUUCUCCAGCAAAGAGAGGAAGGAGUCAAUGGCUGGCACUUUCGUUGACUGAGGCAAGUGGGGAAAUGAGCCCAGCAGAGUCACCGCAGCACAAACGGAAGCGGGAUGAUGAUGAUGAUUUACGCAUAACUUCCCCGGCAAAGAGGUGGAGAGGCAUAAAUCUCAACAAAGAACUGACAGACAGUGUCAAAAAACUACUCAACAACUCAGCAGGAGCCCAGUCCAGCUCGACUGAAGUAAAUUACCCGAGGAAGAGGAAGAGGGACGAUGAGGAGGCUUCAGGCUUGAUUGAGGAGGAUCACCUGAAGAAGAGGAAGAGGGACGAUGAGGAGGCUUCAGGCUCUGAUCAAUCUUCCACAGAGAAGAGAAGGAGGGAGACCUCUCCGCUGUGA